UUCAACCGAGUGAUGGAUAAUGCGACCGUUUGAUUCUCGACUUUUUUUCCUCUUCAGAAAAACUUCUCAAUCCAAAAUCCGAGGCGCACGGCAAACAUGGCUUCCGUUUCCCAGCCGGUUGCGGCGGCGACGGCGGCUUCGCUGUGCUUUUGCGGCGGCUUCUCUCUUUCUACUCUGUCUUCUUCUCCGGUGACGUUGUAUUUCCCGAGCGGUAACGCGGCUGGGGUUCGGCUUCGUGUUCGCGCCGUGAGGACGGAAUCGGACGGUGCGUUGGUCGGAAGUAACCGGUCCUAUGGCUCGGAUUUGCUCCGGCGGCAGCAGAUUGAGGAGGAGGAUCAGGGUUUUGGUUCGGAAGAGGAUGAGAACGGUGAAGAUGGGGAGGCUGAGGACGAGUUCGUGGAUUGGGAGGAUAAGAUCCUGGAGGUUACGGUUCCGCUUGUUGGCUUCGUCAGGAUGAUCCUUCACUCUGGAAAAUACGGAAGUGGAGAUAGGCUAAGCCCUGAGCACGAGAGAAUGGUCGUUGAGAGAUUGCUUCCUUACCACCCGGAAUACGAGAAGAAGAUAGGACCCGGAAUAGAUCAUAUCAUGGUCGGGCAUCACCCCGACUUCGAGAGAUCCCGUUGUUUGUUCAUAGCUCGGAAAGACGGUGAAAUCGUCGACUUUUCGUAUUGGAAAUGCAUAAAAGGUUUGAUCCGAAAGAACUACCCUCUAUACGCGGACAGUUUCAUCCUCAGACAUUUCCGAAAACGCCGGCUGAACAGAUGAGGAGGAGGCUUUCUACGAAACCCGAAUGCUAAAAGUGUACAAAGAACCGAAGACCAAGUCUCUCUUUCUCAAUGAAGAACACAGCUCCAUCAAAAUCUCGUCUGUGUUUAUUGCAUACGCCAUUGUUGAUAGGCUUAAGGUUCGUUUCAUUGGUCUAUCCAUCAACUUUGGACCUCUACGUAACGAAGGUCUUGGACUGGGGGCAGAAUUAUUUGAUUUUGGGUUAGAUAUAUGAAUAUGUAGUCUGAAUUCGAGUUUGAGUUUGUAAAUCGAAAUUAUUCGUAGAUUAGAUUUGGUUUUCACGAUUUUAUAUUCGGAAUGAUAUCCAUUAUUGUAUUAUUUAUGUGAUUAAAAAGUGUGAAAUUAAUUUUAA